AUGUCGCAGCAGACGGACGUGCGCGGAGCGAAGGGUGUGGCGGAUCGCCGUCCGGCGGGUCUUGCCCCGUCGGCGGCCCCAUCCGGCCCCCCAUCUAUGACGACCAGAGCUAUGGCAGAGAGGAACACGAUUAUGACGGACCCGGCUUCGACUAUGGACCUCGAUUUGGCCGACUUCUCCGAUACUUCCAUCGACGACGACGUCGUCCUGAGGCAGACACCGUCGACGGCGGCUUCUCGGAAGAAGAGGGGCACUGAUAGUGGUUCGCGCGCUGCCGAUGUGCCGGAUGAUGGCUUCCGCAGACCGCCGAAGAAGCGUCAAGCGCGGGCGGCGCAAGCUCAGCCGCAGGCGACGGAUAUUCCGGUGCACAACCGAUUCGAAGACAUCCCUGAAGACGCUGACGAUGCGGCUCCGCCCACUCUCCAGCACCAGGCGCAGCAGCAGCAGCCGCUACCGCAACAGCAGACGCGCAUUCCGCCGAUCGUCACACACAGUCGACAGGCGCACGCCCAGGCACGCAACGACGCAGCGCCAGCAAAGGCGCCCGCAACACACACCUCCUCUCUCUUCUCGCCGCCGACCGCCAGCCAGCCAGCCAGCCAGCCAGCCAGCCAGCCACUCGCAAUGUGCACUGCCAACCAGCCACACGUCCACCGCGCCGCCUCCGACCACCCGCCAGGGGGCGCUCACGUCCGCGACAACAGCGCGGCCCGCCGCCGGGCGGGCCCAGCCGAACCCAGCCCAGCCGGCGCGCGCUGCUCUGCACUCGGCGCGCCACACAUCCUGCUGCAGACCGGGCUCGUCUCUCUGUACGCGUCUGCCCGCAUCUCGUCUUCCUGCGCAUCAACACAACAAACCCCCGUCACAACGCCACAUCACGCACUGCCUACUCUACCGCCUAAAUGCACUCACCAGCCAUCCGCUUCGUCUUCGUCUUCGUCUUGUUUACUCGUUGUUGUUGCAGCGGCGCACACAGCCCCGGCCGGCCGCAUCCGAGGGUGGCCCGCCGCCAGCGUCUCCUCCUUGGGCACAGGUGCGGUGCCGUGCCGUGCCGUGCCGUGCCGUGCCGUGGCCGCCCAUCCAUCCAACCUCACGCAUUUGCUGGCCGCCUCUGCUGCAGAAGAAGACAAAAAACGAAACGUACAAACAUACACGCACCCACAGCGUGGCCACACACGGACGGGACCGACAGGCUCCAAGGCGACCAAAGGAUAA